GACAUAUUUUUCAAUCAACAAAUAUAUUAGCACCCUGUUUCUGUCCUGAGGUAUUCUGAACUAUAUCACAAAAAUGUUGUGGUACAUUGGGUUGAUGCACAGUGACUAAGAAAAUCUCUCUAGUACGUUGGACACGUAGAGAGGAACCAGACUUACCCAGCCCAGUCCUCUUCUAGCUGUGCUGGGUAUCGAUUAUAGGAGUACAAGAUUAUAAUUUAAAUGUUUGCAUGUCCAGAGUCAAUAAACAGAAUUAAACUCGAAUUCUACUCGAAUCCAGAUACUUUCCCCAGUAUUUGUUGAUUCCGUGCAGAUACACAAUCAUUAGUAAAUAAUUUUGUAACGUAUUGGCCGAUUUUUUUAUUUGAGUUUUCAAAAUAAUCGCAGAUCACCGAGCCAAAUUAACAGCUCUUUUCAACAAGGCUACACUCCAAUCCGCUAGGUGGCAUCGGGGCUGUUCAUUUGCUAACUAAAUACCGACGGGGGUAACGACACCGAAGUUGUUUGGUGUUGAACAAGAUGUAUGAAAUAUCCUCGGAUGAGAACGAAUUUGAAGACUGGUUUAUUGAGUCUUUGAAAAUAUACAGUAAUAUUCACGAAUAUCAACUAGAACAUCCUACAAGAGUAAUUGAAUGGACUGGAGAAAAAAAUGUAUGUGUCGCAGGUUACAAUUUAUCAAAAAAUGAAAUUUUAGAACUGCUGUUGCCCCUCAAACUCUUUGCUGAUGACAAUCAGGGUCUUUGUGCAGAACGAGAUUUCAAAGUGGUACAUGGAGGUUUCACAGAUGGUUCCAUUCAUUGCCUCAAACACAUUCCAGGAACAAGAUGUGUCGUAACCAAUGAUGGCUCCAGCUCCAAGCUCCAGGUGUGGGAUGUUGGAGGAGAUGAUUGUGAUGUGAUAAAAAAGACAGGAGAUAUACACCUGAAGACUGCAUCAUUGGAUAAAGGUGUGAAAAUAGACUCGCCAUUAACUGGAAAUGCCUCAGUUCUUCACGGCUCUCAGGUCAAUGAUAUUCAACUGACUGAGCUGACAUCAGGGACGCCGCUCUACACUCUGGGGACAGACAUUCCAGAUGUACUGAGCUCCCUGCGGUUUGUGAGUGGAAGUGUAUUUCUCGCUUGUUCCGUCAACGGUGACGUGUAUGUGGGAGACACCCGGAGUCCUUCAUACCUCCAGAAGAGCCCAGCUGGAGGGAGAGAGGGAAACCACUGGUGCAUGGGUGUUAGGGCAGAUUCGUCCCUGCCUGAACCAUCCUCCUGUAGUGUGGCACGGCUCUCGUCCUCCUGCCAAGCGGUCGUGUCUGACCUUAGGAACCUAAAAAGCCCAGUCUGUCAAGCCCAGCUGAAUGUCCAGAGGAAAACUACCAGUGAUGAAUUCCUGAUUGUUACAUGGGCACCAGCUUUAGACAACUGUCUUGCUGUUUCAGGUUUUGACGGAAUGGUGCAAAUCUACAACACUGCGUCUUGGAGACCAGAAUUAAUGGAAUUCCAGCCUAUUUUUAUUCAUCGCGGUCAUAUGAUGUCCGAUGCUCAUUUUGACACCUCGUCAUCUGUGGUCACCACUCAUGUGUGGCAUCCUAGUCGACCGUGGACGGUGCUUUCUGCUGCUGGAGAUGGAUCUGUACAUGUUUGGGACUGGGUUGACAACACCACUGCCAGCUGUUGACAUUCCAACACACUGCACCAGUGUUAAUCAUAAAAGCAUCUUUAGACGUUAGCUGUGGUCUUUUCUUUUUCCAUAAUGUAAAUAUGUUCAUUUUCCAAAUCUUAUGUUAACUUAUUCAUACUGUUCUACAGUAUGAACACAUUUCCAUUAUUUGAGGUAUUCUGAAAUUGUACUAUUGUAUUUGACAAGGAAUGUUGUUCGUUUUUGUUACACAUUUGAUAAAAUGAUUAUGAAGAAC